UUAACAUUUAUGGAGAAAAGGAAUGUUGAAAUUUUUUUAAAAAUGAUUUUAUAUAUGCAAUUUCUUUGCUUCUGCUUAGACUUCAUCCCUUCAGUAAGAAAUGUUACAUUUGCAUUACUCUUCCCCUGCUAGGAAUUGAUAGACAAAUGACAGACACAGUGUCUACUGCAGACUAGUUUGCUUCUUUUUUAUUCGGUGUAUACAUGUGUAUAAAUGCAUUUAUUAUAAGAAAAGGGGAAAUGUAAUGACAUAGUAGCAGGUAACAAAAGGUCUAAUCCUAAACUAAAAUCAUAAACGUGAAAUAGCCAGUCAGGAUUUUUUUUUUUUUUUUUUAUAAGAACUAAUAUUCCUGUCACCAGCCUAACCACAAAUUAAAUCAUUCAAUCUAUUUGUGGAGAAAAUAUUCUAUUAAGAAUAUACUGUGUGAUAAAGACAAUAUAAAAUGUAUUCUUGUCUACAGCAGUCAACUGAUAGCUACUAUAAACAUCUCCAUUGACAGCCUGGUCAUUGUUUGAUUAAGUGAAAGGGUUGAUAGAGGGACAUUUGGACACCUGUGUCCCCCAUUUUAUGCAUCUAUUAAAAAAGAAACUACCAACAGUGCCAGGCCUGACACAUAGGACACAAAACCUAUCCUACUUUUACUGCCAUGUUCAUUGACGCAGGUACUCCGUCUGACUGACUGGAGUCUCAUUUUAAAUGCAAAAAGGCUUAAUAAAACACCAGUGAUAUACACGUUCAACAUGACGCUUUCAAGAAGGGGGAAAGUAUAUAAACUCAAGGUCCAGCUUAUUUGCUGCAUUUCCACCAUCUUUACUUGGCUCUGUGAGACAGCACGGCUUUAGUAGAAACACAACGGUGCAGUAGAGAUGGUCUGUAACUUGUUCCUGUCCUGGACUCUUCUCCUGCUUUCAAUCGGCCCACUGCUGGCACAUCCUGUCUCAGAGACAGCAGACAUGUCUUACCCUGGACCUGACUCAGCUGAGGAGGCAGUUGGUCCCGAGGACCUGGAUUUGAGCACUCUUCUCCAGAGGACGGCAGGCCUCAGCUACUUCCCGCUGCACUCCAAAGAUGGUCUCAGAGUGUCAGGACUGCUCCCUAAAGAAGCUCUAAAAGAGGUUCUGCUGGAGAAACCAGGCCAUCUAAGCUCUCUCAGUCACAUACUUGGUAUUAAGAGGCCAUACAGAAAGAGGGGCAAUGGAGCUGACUGCUUCUGGAAGUACUGUGUUUAAUACUGGCACGGGAAAUCGCAUGCAUGUCUGAGAGAAUGGGUUUGUUUUCAGAUAUCAACAUAAAUACAGUACAGAUAAACACACACAGAUACAGUACAGAUAAACACCCAUAAAAGACAUUAAUGUUCACAGCAUAUUUAUUGACACAUAGCAUAAUGAGAUAAAAGUGAAAUUACUUAACCACGUGUAUUGGGGUCGUUUAUAUUUUUGCACACCAGCAUUUCUGUGUUGUUCUGUGAAAGUUUUCAAAUGUUGCUUGAUAUUGAUAUGUGACAUUGGAUCAUUUCCCUUUUCAGUGAA